UUUAAAAAAAUAAUAUCUAAAAAAUUAAAAGAAUAAUUUUAAAAAAUUAUUUACGUAUUAGAUUUUUUACAUUUUCAUUAAAUUAUGGAAAAAUAUUGCCGAUUUUGUGCAGAAAAACAUGAUCAUUUGAGUAAUUUGGAAAAUGGUGUAUGCGAUUGGGUGGUAGAAAUAUUAAACAGAAAAAUGGAAAAUGUAUUUGAAAAUGACUAUUUAGAAAAUAUACCACAUAAAAUAUGUUACUCUUGCUUAUGUAAAAUUGAAGAUAUUAAUUGGUUUUUAGAAAGUUGUAGUAAAUCUCUUUUGCGCUUGAGACGAAUCUACGAAAAGGAAUUUACCAUACGCCAAAAACUAGAUUCAAUAAGCGAAACCAAUACUAGUACAAACGAAGAAAUUCAAGAAAGUUUUGAAUUGGAAUAUCUUGAAACAUCAGACGAAGAUAUUGUUUUAAAAAAUCUAAAUAAUGAAGAAAUUAGUAACGACAACGAAUCAUUUCAUGAAAAUAAAAAAUUUGAAGAUAUAUCACAAUUAACUAAUAACUCUAAAACCACCAAUAAUUUAUCAAUUAAUAAUAAUAAUACAAUAAAAAGUUAUUUAUGUACAAAAUGUGGAGCAAAUUUUACUGAUAGACAAAAUUUUAAUUAUCAUAUGAAAAAGCAUAUGAAUGAAAAUGUUUUUGUAUGUGAUUUUUGCAAAAAAUCUUUUAUUACAAAAUAUCAACUUUCAUCACAUAGAUGGAUUCACACAGGAGCUGGUUUUGAAAAUCAUGAAUGCGAACAGUGUGGAAAAAAAUGUAGAACAUCUUAUGAGCUCGAAAUUCAUAUGAGAUUUCAUAAACAAUUAAGACAAUAUCAAUGUGAAAUUUGUUCUAAGUCAUUUAUACUUAAAGUUCAUUUAAAACAGCAUAUGGUAACACAUACUGGUGAAAGAAAUUUUAUAUGUAAUGCACCAGGUUGUAAUAAAUCCUAUACAACUGUUUCAUCACUAAAAAAACAUAAAGAUAUUCAUUUAAGUGACAGUGAAAAGAAUAUAUCGUGUGAGCAUUGUAAUAAAAAAUUUUCAAUGCAAUUUAUUUUGAAAGAUCAUAUUCGAAAAUCUCAUAGAAAACUAUUAACAGAAUCAGUAAAAGAACUAAAAACUUAAAUAGCUCAGUGAGUGGAAAUUUGUUUCAUGUUAACAUCAAAUCCUUACAAAGCGGUAAAAGGUAGGAAAUUCUAAUACCUUCAUACAUAAGGGAAUUGUCCAGUUCUACUCUACAUUUUGUGUGUUAAUUGAAGAUUUUAAAAUAAUUUACAAAUCAUCAGACCAAAACUAGUUUCAGCCUUAUAACUGGCAGAAUAAUUUUCUAUUACGUAUUAUGUGCAUCUAAUAUUUAUAACAUUAAUUCAGAGAAACAAAAAUAAAGUAUUGUUUAUUUUAUUGAAGUAUUUUAGUAAUUUUCAUUGAAUUGAAUAUAGUGAACAGUUUU